AUGUUUAAUCUCAAUUUUUCAUCAUCAACAUCAUCAUCAUUGACAGUUGUGCGUCAUUCACUUGCUGAACCGUCCAAUUCCUCAUCAACUGCUAUACGGAUAGUUAAUGAACAAAAUUCAACACUAUUCAAUACUGAAAAUUUUCAACCAUCCAUACGAAUAAUGUGGUAUCGUUUCCUGUUGGUUAUUAUUAUUUUUGUUACUGCUGCUGGUAAUCUUCUGGUUUGUUUAGCUAUAGCUCGGGAACGAAAAUUACAAAAUACAACAAAUUAUUUUCUUAUGUCAUUAGCAAUUGCAGAUUGUCUUGUUGCUAUUCUAGUCAUGCCAAUGGGAAUGGUUUCUGAAGUUUUCGGUCACUUUCCAUUACCACAUUCUGCAUGUAUUAUAUUUGCUACCAUGGACGUAUUGUGUUGCACAUCAUCUAUAUGGCAUAUGAGUACAAUGUCAAUGGAUAGAUAUUUUACAAUUCGUUUUCCAUUUCGUUAUGGAAGAAAUAAAACUCGUCGUAUUAUGUUUCUUAAAAUAGUUGCUGUUUGGGCUAUAAGUGCAGCUGUAUCAUCACCUAUAUUUGUAUUAGGAAUUGUUAAUGAAAAAAAUGUUUUAUCAGAAGGUAUAUGUGCACCAAAUAAUGCAUCAUUUAGAAUUUAUGGUUCAAUUUUUGCUUUUUAUAUUCCAUUUAUAAUAAUGAUAACAACAUAUGCAUUAACAAUGCGUUCAUUAAGAAAUGUAUUAGUUAAUAAAAAAAAAUAUAAUCGUGAAAGACGACAAAAGCAAACAUUUCGACCAUUAGCACAGAUAAUACAUCAAUAUGCUGAAAUAGCUCAAGGUAUCCGACGUACAUCAUCAGGAAAAAAACAAACAAUACAAAAAACAACAACAACAAAUAAUAAUAACAAUAACAAUAAUAAUAAUAGUGAUAAUAAUUCUAUUUUAAACAAAACAUUAUAUACAAUAAAAAAAGCAACUUCACUAACAGAUUCUCGUACAUCAUUAUUUUCUAUAAAUAAUACAAAUAUAAAUUUACAGCAAGAUAAUAACUCAAAAGAUAUGAUUAAUGAAGUUAAUAUUAAUAAUGAUCCUAUUCAUCAUAAUUCACAACAUUUAACUAUUAGUUAUAUUAAACCAAGUGGAAGUAGAAAUCGAUGUUAUCAACAACAAAUAUUAACAAUGAAUACGGCAAUGCAUAGAAAAGAAAAUGGUAUAGAUAUGAGUACUGUUUAUGAGAUAACAGAAUAUUCGAAAUCAACAUCAAGUUUAAAUGACAUAUCAGCUGUCGUAAGUAAUAAUGCUUGUCGACUAUCAAUCGUUAAUAACGGACAACAAAUAUCUGAACAAAUAGACAAAAUUGAACAAUUAGAAAAUUCAAAUCUUAUAAAAUCAACUAUUAACGAUACAUCAACACUUGAAGAAGAAGAACCUAGUUCAAUAUCAGAUACGGAUAGUAAAACUGAUGUACAUGAAUCUGUUCACAUGCAAAUAGCUUCGCCAUCAUUUCAACAAUUUGCUUUGUAUCAUCCAACUGAACCAAUAUUUUUGAAAAUUCCAUGGAAAUAUUGUUUUGAAAUUAUUCAAUAUAUUCUUCAAUAUUAUAUAUUCUAUUUUCCUUAUCGAUUACAACCUUUAUCAAUUGAAUAUUCAUCAAAUUUAAAUAAAAAAUCCUUAAAAGUAAAUCAAUCAACGUCAAUAUCAUCAUUUUAUAUAACACCAAUAAAAUAUCAUCGAACAGUUUCAACACAAACAACUUCUUUUUCAAAUUCAGAUUCUCCUAAUAUCAAUCCAACUAAUGUUAAUGAACAUGGUGUAUAUAAUGCAUCUAAACAACGAAAAUUUCGAUUUAAUCGAUCAGUAUUACCAUCAUCAUCUUUAUUAACAAAUUUCUUUCGUCAUACGCCAACAUCACCAGUACGUUCAAGUGGUAGUUCAUCAAAAUCUUCUUUCUCAUCGGGUCAACGUUCAUCUGCACUAUCAUCAUCAAAUCAAAUACGACAACCAUAUCCUAUUAAUCAUUUUUCUCGAAUGGAAUCUGAAUUAGAACCUAUUUUAACUACUGAUAGUCGUUCGCGUACAUCAACAUCAUCAUGUAGUUUUUUACAUACACCAAAUCGUCAUGAAAGUCAUAUAUUUACACGUUAUCAUAAACCAUUACGACGACAAUAUCAAUAUCGAUCAGGAUAUAUGAUUUCAAAUUCAUUUAAAACACGACAACAACAUCAACAAUUCAGUUCACCAACAAUGACAAAUUCAUCUGAUUCUUCAUCUAUGAUGUAUAAUUAUCCUUCAAGAUUAUUUUCAAAGGUUCCUUCUCAACAACGUAUAAAUGAUGAAGAUAUCGUUGCAGCUAAUGAACGAAAAGCUUUAAGAGUUUUAAUGAUUAUAUUUUGUGUAUUUGUUACAUUAUGGACACCAUUUUUUAUUUGUACAUUUAUAUCAGGUAUAUGUCAACGAUGUCAUGACAAUUUAUCAUCAACUGUUUGGUUUUCAAUAACAUGGCUUGGUUAUAGUUCAUCUAUGGCUAAUCCAUUUAUAUAUACUAUAUUUAGUGAUGUAUUUCGACGUGCAUUUAUAAAUAUUAUUUUUUGUAGAUCAGCUGAAUCAUUAAUUUCGGGACGUCAUUCAGCUAAAUUUUCUUAUCAAAAAGAUGGUGGUCAUCAUUCUAUAAAUCAACGUUUAUCAUUUAGACGAAGUCGAAAUCAUGAUGUUUCAGGUGCAUCAACACCAAUAUUACAUCAUCGUCCAACAUUACCUAGUGGAAGUGAUGGAAAGAUUUAUAUGAAUCGAUGUACAUCAGAAACAUUUCGAUAA